ACAGUCUGCCUGCCUGCCUGACUGCCUGCCUGCCAGUCCUGACUGAGAUUCCCAUGCUCUGGAGCACUUCCUCGUACCCAAAGAACUGCUUCAGGCUGCACUACUGGAUUGCAUUCAACCUAUUCAAGGACACUCAAGGAGAUUCUUCUUUCAGAGCAGACAAGGAAACUGUCUUAGUAGGACACAGACUGUGUUCAGACUGGACUGGGAUAGAGUCUGUCUUCAGAGGGUCGACUAGGACACCUGCAGUGUAGAGGGAGGAGAGGGAGGACGAGAGGCGGACGGCCAUGUCGUUGUCGGGAGACGUGUGUGUGGUGACGGGGGCGUGCGGGUUCCUGGGGAAGAAUCUGGUCCAGUUGCUCCUGGAGGAGGAGAAGCUGGCUGAGAUCCGCCUGCUGGACAAGACCGUCCAACCGGAGCUCGUACGGGACCUGGAGGACAAAAGGGGUGAGACGACUUUGAGCUUCUUUGAAGGGGACAUCAGGAAUGCUGAUCUCCUCAGAAGAGCCUGUCAGGGAGCAUCCAUCAUCUUCCACACUGCCUCCCUCAUCGACGUCACAGGAAGAGUGGAUGAAAGUGAACUCCAUGGAGUCAAUGUUAAAGGGACCCAGAUGCUUCUGGAAACAUGCAUCCAGGAGAACGUGUGCUCCAUCAUCUACACCAGCAGCAUAGAGGUGGCCGGCCCCAAUCCCCAUGGAGACCCCAUUUUCAACGGUGACGAGGAGACCCCUUACUCCGCCUGCCUGAAGUUCCCCUACAGCAGGACCAAGAAGGAGGCCGAGGAGCUGUGCUGUCGGGCCCAGGGGGAGGCGCUCCGAAACGGGGGCCGCCUGGCCACCUGCACCCUGCGGCCAAUGUACAUCUUUGGCGCCGGCUGCCGCUUCACUCUGGGCCACAUGCGUGACGGGAUCCACAACGGCGACGUGCUGCGGCGGAUGUCACCCCGCAAGGCGCUCGUCAACCCCGUGUUCGUGGGGAACGUGGCCUUCGCUCACCUCCAGGCCGCCCGGGCCCUGCGGGAUCCCCGGAGGAGAGCGCUGGUCGGCGGGAACUUCUACUACGUGGCGGACGACACGCCGCCGGUCAGCUACUCUGACUUCAACCACGUCGUGCUGGCACCGCUGGGCUUCGACAUCCAGGAACGGCCCACCUUGCCCUUCCCCGUCCUCUACCUCCUCUGCUUCCUCAUGGAGAUGCUGCAGAUGAUGCUCCGCCCUUUCGUGCGAUUCACCCCGCCCUUAAACAGGCAGCUCCUGACGAUGCUGAACACACCAUUCUCGUUCUCCUACCAGAAGGCCAAGAGGGAUUUGGGAUACACACCGCGAUACGGCUGGGAGGAGGCUCGCAAGAUCACCACUGAUUGGCUGGCCUUAAUGCUGGCCAAGGAGAGAGCACAUAUGAAAGCCAAAUGAUUUUAAAUGUCAAAAAAGUGUGUUUAAAUGUGUAAUCUUUUGGAUAGACCGCACUGAAAGAAGUGGUUAGAGUUGGCUCUUCCAUCAAAACACUGUGUCAAACAUUUUACUGAAAUCAUUCAUUCAUUGGUUUGAAAGCACCAAAACAAACCAUGACCUUUUAGAAAAAGUACCAGGAUAUUUCAGGUAGAACUACAGAAAUGUUAUCUCUUACUUCCUGUGAAUGUAUCUCUUGAAACUCUAUUAACGUCAAUUCAUGGUUAGGGUUAGGUUCAGGGAUUGGGUUUGGUGAAGUUGAUGUUCAGUGAACAAUUAGAAAGACUGAACUUGAAUUUCAACAAACCAUCUGUAAAAGUCUCUCUAGGUGGACAAUCCAAAUAAAGUGUUACCCAAUUUACAUCUACAGCAAUUGACAUUCAUUUGAGAAAAAGUUUGAAUGUGAUUCUAUUCUGUAUGCGAACAAUAUUAAAUGCUGUGGUCCUGAUCAUUUGACUUUUGUUUUGAAGAAUUUAAUAUUUGUUUUUUUAAAAAGGAUGUGUUGCCACAUAUUUUGCAACACUGCAUGCUUUUGGUCUACAUUUGACUUUAAUCAAAUUGUAUGACUUUCCACUUUACGUACAGAAAUGUGAAAUAGAUCCUUUUGGAAAAGAACGAUACCACAGAAAUAGUUUGCAAUAAAUGUGUUCAAUUGA